AGCCAAUUAUAAAGAUUGCUGCAGGCUUGACCCACCCUGACCAGACAGUAUAAACUCAGGGCAGAUGCCCUGGAGAAAUCAGUUGGACAUUCCAGGCUUCCAGGAUUGCAGCAAGGACCAGUCACCCACAAUCACAGGAAUGUGCUCCCUCCCCAUGACACGAUACUACACAAUUAAGGAUGCAGAUCAGAAGGCUCUAUACUUAAGAGGUGACCAGCUCCUGGUGGGAGAUCCCAAUGUGGACAACUGCUGUGCAGAGAAGAUCUGCAUACUUCCCAACAGAGGCCUGGACCGUACCAAAGUCCCCAUCUUCCUGGGGAUCCAGGGAGGCAGUCGCUGCCUAGCAUGCGUGGAGACAGGAGAGGGGCCUACCCUGCAGCUGGAGGAUGUGAACAUCGAGGACCUGUACAAGGGUGGUGAACAGGCCACACGCUUCACCUUCUUCCAGAGAAGCUCAGGCUCAGCCUUCAAGCUUGAGGCUGCUGCCUGGCCUGGCUGGUUUCUCUGUGGCCCAGCUGAGCCCCAGCAGCCAGUACAACUUGUCAAGGAGAGUGAGCCAUUGGCCCGCACUGAAUUCUACUUUGAGCAGAGUCGGUAGGGAGGCAGGAGGCUGAGCUCCAGGCCAAUGCCCCCGCGCCAAGCUCGUCCUGCUCAGGAUCUGUGGUAGGAAAAUUAUGCCCCUCCUAAAGAUGUCCACAUCCUAAUCCCCAGAAUCUGUGAAUGUUACCUUACAAGGCAAAAGGGACUUUGCAAAUGUGAUGAAGGUAAGGAUCUUGAGAUGGGGAGAGCAUCUGGAUUAUCACAGUGGUCCCAGUAUAACCACAAGGGUCCUUCUAAGAGUGAGGAAGGAGGGUGAGAACCAGAGAAUGGAAAAUACUGUGCUGCUAAUUUCAAAUGUAGGGGAUGAGGGCUACCAGCCAGUGAAUGCAGGUGGCUUCCAGAAGCCAGAAAAGGCACAGGAAAGGAUUAUACCCUAGAGAUUCUAGGAGAAACAACUGAAUUUUAGUCCACUGAAACCCAUUUCAGACAUCUGACCUCCAGAACUUUAAAAUAAUAAAUUUGUGUUGUUUUAA